UGAGUAUAAAUACGAGGCAUUUCACUUAGAAGGUAUCAGUCGUAAAAGUCGUGAAGUAAAAAAUGAAAAUCUACUUUUUUCUAAUUGCCCUAUUUGGCUUGGUGUUUGCCGAAGAGCAAGUCAAAUCAAUACCUCGUGAAGAAAUCGUAUUGAGCUUGGUGCAAUGCUUGAUUCCAAACCCCCCGGCUAGAAAAUACUUUGUAAAAAUAUUAAGUUUUCAGUAUCCCGAUGUACCAGAGGUAAUCUCAUAUAUGGAUUGUGUGGCAGAGAAUCUGGGUUUAUUGGACUUCAAAACUGGGCAAACUAAUGUGGAACGACUUGCCGAAUUUUUUUCCAUGGACCCAAAUAAUGCUGAAGAUAUGGAUAUAAUUAAGAAUUGUAUUCAUAAACCCGAGGUGAAAGAGGUACAUGUACGUCCCGGAUACUUGUGUAUAUUGAAUUCGAGGCUUGGCGAUAAUCUGAGGAAUUAUCUCUUGGGAUAUUUGUUAUAAUCACAAUGAUUAUUAAUAAAUCUUAUACGAAAACUA